AUGGAGGAGCAAUUCAUACUUAGAGUUCCACCGAAUGUGGCAGAGAGAAUAGAGCGGCUUUUGAAUGAAACUGAUCUUCUUUAUCUGAAGACAAGUCAUUAGAUUUAAUACAUUAGUGAGGAUGGAAGGAGUGGUACGUUUAUGAUUGGGAAUGACUUCCCAGCUUCUCUAUGGACCUUACAUUGUGUUGUUGAAUCCUACAAAGACAUAGGUGAUGAUAUAUUGAUAAGGACUGCUGACAGUGGUCAGAUGAUUAUGGUUCGGGAAUAUGGUGAUGCUGCUCCAGAUGUAAUUGAGUACAGGCAUGGUCUCACCCCGCCGAUGAGAGAUUCUCGCAAGCGUAGAUUUCGCAGGGAGCCCGCCGAUCUUAAUCUUGUGUCCCUGUGUUGAGAAAGAUCUCUCAAAAUCAUGGCUCGAGGAACAGCUGAAUUCAAUGCAGAAGCCCGCUCGGAGUGACAAGAAGUGGAGGAAAAUGCCCGAGGUGCUAACAAAAAGUUUGCACCUAAGCCUGCGCCAAAGCAUGAUGUUCCAGAGAGAAUGCUUACAAAAGCAGGGGUACGCCUGGACAGGAGUGAUUCGAAUGAAGAGAUCUGAUUGAUUCAGCUGACCCAAAUCAACCUCCAAAUAGUAUUUAUAUUAAAAUGAAUUGACAAUGAAAGCCUUUUAUAGUAUAACUGUGUUAAAAUUUGAAUUAACGUCCACCCUAAAUCAACUAGUGGAUUUCCAUUGUAGGUGUUUGUAUGUACUUUUGUAUAUUUAUCAAAUGGUUGCAUUUUCGUGGCAUUUUUUAUUGGUAAUUGUUUUUGUGUCUGGUACAGGUUUGAUACAACCUUUGAGGUGCUUAAUUCCUCCUUCGAUAUAAAGAGUAAGCAUGUGUUUAUUUUAAAGCCA